AUGCUGGUGCACACUUACUCCGCCAUGGCCAUGGAUGAGCCGGGAAUGAGCCUCCUGGACCAGUCAGUGAUCAAGAAAGUCCCCAUCCCCUCCAAAGCAAGCAGCCUCUCGAGCCUGGCAUUGGCCAAAGACAGUCUGAUUGGUGGCAUCACAAACCCCAGUGAGGUCUUCUGCUCCGUGCCCGGCCGGCUCUCACUGCUCAGCUCCACAUCCAAGUACAAGGUGACGGUGGGGGAGGUGCAGCGGCGACUCUCGCCUCCUGAGUGCCUCAACGCCUCCCUCCUGGGGGGCGUCCUCCGCAGGGCUAAGUCAAAGAAUGGGGGCCGGUGCCUGCGGGAACGGCUGGAGAAGAUUGGGCUCAACCUGCCAGCAGGCCGGCGCAAGGCUGCCAAUGUGACGCUGCUGACUUCCCUGGUGGAGGGAGAGGCCGUGCACCUGGCCCGAGACUUCGGCUAUGUGUGUGAGACUGAGUUCCCAGCCAAGGCAGCCGCUGAGUACGUGUGCCGACAGCAUGCCGACCCUGGGGAACUGCACAGCCGCAAGAACAUGCUGCUGGCAGCCAAGCAGAUCUGCAAGGAGUUUGCGGACUUGAUGGCUCAGGACCGCUCACCUCUGGGUAACAGCCGCCCCGCCCUCAUCCUGGAGCCCGGGGUGCAGAGCUGCCUGACACACUUUAGCCUCAUCACGCACGGCUUUGGAGGGCCGGCCAUCUGCGCUGCCCUCACUGCCUUCCAGAACUACCUGCUGGAGUCUCUCAAGGGGCUGGACAAGAUGUUCCUCAGCAGUGCAGGCAGCGGGCACACCGACACCAAGGCUUUGGAAAAGGAUGCCAAGCAUCGGAAAUAA